AUCAUUUUUCUUUCUUCUUCUUCAUGGCGGAUGCACAUCACGUAAAUUGCUGCUCUAUUUCCUAGGGUUUGGAUCCCUCUUCUCCAUUCAUUUUCUUUCUUUAUUUAUUUGUCAUGCAUUUCGAAUUCUUUAAACUUUCUGUUUUCUUCUUCUUCUUUUGUGGAUUAUUUAUUUUAAAUACCGUAAUUUUGAUCGCCAACUCUAUCGUCUAGGGUUUUGGUUUAAUCUACAUAUGUAUGUAUAUAUGUUUAUCUAAAUUCAUCUUCUUAGCUUCUUUGAGAUCAAAUAUAUAUAAUUAUUAGUUAUAAGAAGAAAAAAAAGGAGAAACGCCUUUGAUCACCUGCUGGCUGGCUGGCUGGCUGCGAUUGCUUGCUUGCAAGCAAUGAAUAAAGAUAAGACCCUUCCUCCUCCUCAUCAUCACGGAGGAAGUUUAUUACCUCCUCCUCCAUUUGUGAGGUAUUUUCUUCAUUCAUCUUCUUCUGGUAGUGGUUAUACUCUUAAAUCACCCCCAUCUUCAGCAUUGCCUCCUUCUUUAGCACGUAAUGACGGUGAUGCUAAUCGCUUUAGCCAUGAUGAUGAUAUUAGCAAAAUGCUUAAUAACCCACCCAAGAACUUGGGGGGCCACAGGCGUGCCCAUUCCGAAAUUCUUACCCUCCCAGAUGACCUCAACUUUGAUACCGAUCUUGGGGGGGUUGUAGCUGGAUUUGACGGCCCUUCUCUCUCUGAUGAGACUGAUGAAGAUUUGUUAUCCAUGUAUCUCGUUUUGGAUAAAUUCAAUUCAUCUGCAUCAUCAUGUCUUCAAGCUGCAGGUGAUCCAUCUGCUAUGACGACCUCUGCAUCUACACCAACUCCAAUCCCUUCUUUUUCACCUGCACCUGCACCAGCACCGGCACCGGCACCGACUGGCUCAAGUGAAAGGCCAAGGAUUAGACAUCAGCAUAGCCAGUCUAUGGAUGGUUCAACUACAAUUAAACCAGAGAUGCUCAUAUCAGGCAUAGAUGAUAUAUCUGCAGCUGAUGAUGCCAAGAAAGCCAUGUCUACUGAGAAGCUUGCGGAACUAGCUCUCAUCGACCCAAAGCGCGCUAAGAGGAUCUGGGCAAACCGACAAUCAGCUGCCAGGUCUAAGGAAAGGAAGAUGAGGUAUAUUAAUGAGCUUGAACGGAAGGUUCAAACUCUGCAAACAGAAUCAACUUCAUUGUCCACUCAGCUAACCCUGGUGCAAAGAGAUACAAGUGGUCUGACAUCUGAAAAUAGUGAACUGAAACUGCGUUUGCAGACAAUGGAGCAACAAGUCCAUUUGCAGGAUGCUCUUAAUGAUGCCCUGAAGGAUGAGAUCCAGCACCUGAAAGUCUUAACAGGACAAACCAUUCCAAAUGGUGGGCCAGUGACAAACUUUCCUUUGUCUUUUGGAUCUGGGCAGCAAUUUUAUGGUGGCAACAACAACAGCCAUGCCAUGCACACAAUUUUAGCUGCUCAGCAGUUUCAGCAACUCCAAAUCCACUCACAGAAGCAGCAGCAACAACAACAUCAAUUACACCACCAACUUCAGCAUCAGCAUCAACAUCAGCAGCUUCAAACUCAAACAAGGGACUACUCAAGGACUGCCUCCAUGCCUUCACCAGAUCGAAAGGAAUCUUCUGGCUUUGACGUAAAACCUUCUUUUCAAAAGGAAUGAUUCAUCCAUCCAUCCCAUUUGGAAUUUACUCCAAAACUCUUUUAAGUUCCAACUGUAAGAUAGUGUGAGAUUUUCCUUCUGGAUCAGUAAGCCAUAUGUGUAAUAUGGAAACAAGGAACUACUCAAGGACUGCCUCCAUGCCUUCACCAGAUCGAAAGGAAUCUUCUGGCUUUGACGUAAAACCUUCUUUUCAAAAGGAAUGAUUCAUCCAUCCAUCCCAUUUGGAGUUUUCUCCAAAACUCUUUUAAGUUCUAACUGUAAGAUAGUGUGAGAUUUUCCUUCUGGAUCAGUAGGCCAUAUGUGUAAUAUGGAAAACAUGUUUCAGAACAUAGAUGGUGGUGGUGGAUAUCAUUUGAUUUGAUUUAUAGACAUUUUAAAAUUGGAUAUUAAUUAUUGAUUGGUUCA